GCUGAGAAAAUGGAUUAACUUAUUUAAAGAAGAUUAUGAAGUCAUCUUCGCGUGACUUGUUAAACUCCAUUAAAUGUUUAAACUCAAUUAAACUCGUGACUUGUCAAUUUCGAGGAGUUUCUUGGGAUCGUUUAGUUUCCUGUACAGCGCCCAUCAUCCUCAAUAUCCAUGACUGUGCUACUCAUUAUUAGUAUUUUAGCAUGCAGUCCACGCAUGACCUUAUUUAUCCGCCGUGUCGGAAUUAGUUGGCUAAUCGGUGUUCAAUACGAGGAACUUUGAUAGAUGUAUUCAUUCAGCGCAAAAGCCGGCAUAGUUUUCUGCUCAAGAAUAGAAAUUUGUCAAAGUUUUUUCAAUAAAAAAUGUAAGAAUCUAUUACUAUUAAUUAUAAUUAAUAUUUUUAGCGUUUUCCCUUUUUUUUUAAAGGGACAUUGGUUCCGAUUGGAGCCCAUGUCUAACCUUGCCUGAGAAGUAAAGCCAAGUUAGUGUGCUAUUUUUCAUUGACUUUAAAGCCUAAAGCUAUAAAACCAAACAAAUUCAAAUUUUGCAGCGAAAGAAGGCCCGGCUGUGGAAUGUUUUGGGAUUCCUGGGGUGCAUAUCACCUGGCUCAGGUAUGCGUCCACAUUCCAUCUGGGUACAUCACAAGGGGAAGGCUAUAAAAGCUAUCCGAAAAACACAUACUUAUAUCAGAAUAUCCGAUAGCUCAUUUUCGAGAUCCACUGUUAAGUCAUUCUGAGGACCCUGGCAGGAAGUUUGAAAACGGCCUAAAGGACACAAUAAGAAUAUUGGAACAGCGAAGGAGCACCUGCACUGGAAAUGAGUAAAACUAUCGUUUUCCUAUCCAUCACAUGUUGCUUGAUAGGAUUUGCUCAAAUAUCAGAUGCUGUGGAGGGGCCGUGGGGAGACUGGGGUGUGUGUUCCUCCACGUGUAACGGAAAACAGGAGCGCAUGCGCGUUUGCAUCCCAUCACCAGGAGGAGACUGCUCAGCGCUUGAAAAGCAAAUAAGGCGAUGCAACACCAGGGCCUGUAUAUCAAAUGAAGCACUGACAGCUAUCAUCGUAUUCGUCCUUCUAUUGGCCGCUGCUGGAAUGCUUGGGGCGUUUCUCCUUCUGAGGAAGAAGCUGCGUGGCUACAAAACGCGACUGAGCUCCCAAAAUAGCCAAGAUGGAUACGACCAAGGCAUGGCGGAGAACUUCUACGCCGACGUUUUCGACCCGCAGUGGUCUGACGACGAAGACCAAUCACCCUAUGUCAGCAGUGGUGGACAGUCCACCGGACAGGCGGUAACGCCUCAAGGGGUACCGGACAACCCAAAAUCGCAUCCACCCUCUGUACCAAAUCGUGAUACGGAGACUGAUUACCUUGAAGUAAGGGAGAGUGAGAACCCUGACGUCGAUAGAUCCGAUAAGCCAAAGUGGUCAAUCUAUAACUAUAUACCGUCUCGGUGGUUUGGAACCUCAAGGAACUAUCAGAUUCAUCAUGAGCAAGAUGGAGAAAACAGCAGGUAUGCCGAGUUACAGAAACCUUCCGAAUACAUCGAGAUGGAAUCACAGCAAGCAAGCGCGUCAUCAAUGUCUGCCUGGCCACAUCCGAAUAUGCCUGGGCCAUCUGGGGAGAAAACAGGAAGCACUUCACCUCCUGAGGGACACAACGACCGGUAUGCGCGACUGAAUAAGCCAAGCAAUGGAAAGUUUUCUUACGAGAAUCCUGGCUACGAGGCACAAGGCGAACACCAUUACCAGGAGCUUGAACAUCCUUCUGGUGACCCUCUCUAUGCCCAGCUGGAUGCACGGGACGACUACGAGAGCAUGUCGCAUUAUGAAAACCCUGGCAUGAACAAUGUUUCAACGCAUUAUGAAAACCCAGGCAUUAACAAUGAGUCAACGAAGUCGGAAUCGAAUAAAGCACAUCAUCCUCAGCCACCCAGACCAGUUAAGAAAGAGUCCAGCAGCAGUAUGUUAAUGAUCUUCGGGAUAGACGAACCAGUAAAACCAAAAUCCAAAGAGAAAAAAAACAAAUACCUCAAUGUCCCCGAGUUGGAAAGCUCCAAAUCGGAAAAAGUAAUGAUGGAAGAAAAUACUUUCAAAACUCAAAAGGAGGCAUUUGCAACAAUAAAUGGUGAUGAUGACGUGAAAGAUCUGUACCCAAGGCCCCACAAGCAGCUGGGAGAGGAGCUGAGGCCAGAUAAGGAAGAACACUAUCGCCCUUGGUCAGUUGCAUCAAAAACGCCCAAAGCAAGUAAAGCAGACUCAGCAACCCGUGAACAAAGAGAGGAAGGUGUGACCACCGCGCUGCCUUUGGAAGACCAGCAAAAAUCCAUCGAUAAAGAUGGCGAGUCAAGUCGUGCAGCUGCUAAGGAGAUAGAACAGGUUCCCGAAAUAGAGCGUUUGGUGGAAGCAGAAACAGAAGGUGUUUUCAAAAUGGAAAGCACUUCAGAGAUGUACACUGAGGAGCCAGAUGCUUUACCUGAAGGUGAAACAGAUCAAAUCCCAGCAAAAGAACAGAAACGUAAACCAUUCGAGGAUGUUCCCAAAGAAGACUUUUACCAGCCAUGGCCAUUUGUGAAGAGAGAAAAGAUACCUUUGACACCUGAUGAUAAAGUGAGUGAUGAGACAAAUAAGAAUACGAAAUUAUCUUCUCAGCAAAUGGAAGCAGAAAGCGCUUCGCCAAUCAUACCAGGCGGAUACGGAAACCCCGAGGAAAAGCCAGACACAGAGGAGGAUGACAGUGAUGAUAAGCUAAUUACAAAGAACGAUUCUGAUGACAAACCAAUCAUAGCAGAAGGCGAACCUGUUGAUAAGCCAAUCGCAAAGAAGGAUUCUGAUGAUAAACCAAUCAGUGAAAAAUCAGUCAUAGAGAAAGACGACCUCAAGGUUUGUGAAACACCGAAAUCUCAGAAUGAUUCUUCAGAAAGUAAAGCUUGUGAAAAGCUUGUUCUCCCAGACUCCAGUGUUUCCGAUCUUCUGGGACAACAUCAAGCAAGCAAUAAUCCAUCUACCCAAGAUAGGCAAGAAAACAAAGCUACUGGAGCACCAUUCCCAGAUUCUAGUAUCUCCGAUCUCUUUGAUGCACCUCAAACUGUCCGCAAGUCUGCUAUUGAAGAUAGCCCUAAGAUCACGUCUGAAAACAGCACCUCUGAUAUACCUUUCCCAGAAUCAAGCAUUGUCGAACUAUUGACGGAUGAGCCCAAAGCUAAAAAAAAGGCAUCUAGUGGAGCAGGACGAGGAAAGAAAGGUUCUGGAAAAGAUGACCCUCACACCGCUGGUAUGACAGCUUUCUUUUGAACGUCGCAGAUUAGAUACAGUUAAACAGGCUAACAACGCCGUAAGCGACUCCCACGCACAAUUGAUAUCCAAUUCAACACCACCGGGAAUCCCUAUCCUCUGGUCAUCACCAAUAAGAAGCGACAGUAUCACUUUGAAACAGAUGUAUUGAUAUCAGUCUAGAUAGGUGGGGUACCCACUUUAAAAUGAAUGAAUUUUAUUAUUCUUCAUGUAUCUCACUAAGGGCGCGUUUUUUUUUAUCAGUCUGUGAUGGGAAUGAUUGGUAGAGAAUGGUCAGAAUAGCAUUCGUGUCAUUCUGUUACAGGUAGCAGAAUGGGUGGAAUGGCCUUCAUUCCAUUCCGGAAUGGGAACGCGGGAUAAACGAACGCGCUUUUUCUUUUCUUAUCAUUCUCAUUCAGGAAUCACGAGUAAAACACACACAAUUUGAGACAUCGCAUUGUGCGAUAUGAACCUAGAUACAAGUAUACACUGAGUAUGAAAUACUAAAUGCUGCAAUUCUUCAUGUACCCUUAUAAGUCGAUGAAACACAAUCACUUUGAAAUAGACGUAUUGGUUGAUAUAAGCCUACAUAUAUAAUUACACAGCCAACCUUUUGUAACUGUUAUACAUAAUUCCUUUAUGUAUUUGAUAUCGGGCUGACAAGAAUAAACACACUCAAUUUGAAA